AUGUCGUCGCAGAUAUCUGUUCUCACGAGCACGACAAGGCUAACCUGCCGCCGGGACUUCCCCGUUUGGUACGACGCUCUCUACGCCGAAGCCGACGCAGCAGACGUCUGGGAUCUCAUAGACCCAGACGACACUACGUCUCCGUCAGACCCAAGAGAGGACGAUGAAGAACUCUCGAUCGAAUCAUGGAUCACGCAGCAGAACGAAAAGCAGCGUAGAACCUAUGAUCGGAAGCGGAAAGCCUACGAUUCGAUUCUCCAGCAUAGGGCAGAAGCGAGUGACGAUACAGGGGAAGAACUCCAGGAGCCUGUAGCACAACCAACUCUCACGCAAAACACGCCCGGGAUCUUUGAAAGAUAUACGAACUACCUCGCUUCAAAAUCAGGCCGCGACGUUAAGGAAACGGUCGACAAGGACAUCCUCUACGCUGCGAGAUCGGAGAUCCUAGCGAACAACCAACGUUCACUCCGUGCUCUUAUUCAGUACCUUCGGAAACGCUACGCUCCAAGCGAAUCAAGCAGUCAAACUACAGUUCGCGAAGAGUACCUUCUCCUCCUGGAAAAGGCCAACACAAGCGUAAACCCCCAGACCUGGCUAAGAGACUUCCAUCGAGUACUGCUCCGCGCGCUUCGAUUCAGAAUACCGGAAAGCCAGGGAACGCUCGCUUCGAAAACUUUUCUUCGAGCGGUGGGACACCGUUUUGCCCCCUCCUGGGCGACCUCCGAGCUCACUGAAAUUGUCAAAAUGGAGCGCAAGGGGGACCGCAUCCCUACUGUAAGUGAAUACAGGGAUAUGCUGGAGGACUUGCUGUAUGAGGACACCCUAUACGACAAAAAUCGGGGUAAAACAAGCGGUGUGUACGCUACCCUUGCCGGUCGCCUGAGCGAAGCAAUCUCAGAUGGAAAAAGCGGUUCGAAAGGAAAAGGCAAAUCCGAAGCGUGCCCCUGCAACAAACCCCACAACGCAAACCCCCUGGAGUGCACCCGCGUGGAGUACGCCCUUACCGGGCGAAUCAAGCCUUCCCAGGACAAACUAUCGAGGGACGAGUGCAAGGAGAUUCGAAAGCGUAUCAAUCAGUCCGAGAACUAUGAUCUCCGAGCCGAAUUAGCUCGGAAAGGCUGGAUCUGGGCGACGGAACCUCCCAGCUUCCGAAACCCAGCGCCGCCUCGCAAUAGGUCGUCAGGAAAUACCGGCUCUAAAGCGAAAUCGCAGCAAGAGGAGAAUGAGUCAGAGGUGACACUGAAGAGAAAUAUCCACGCAGUAACGAUCAGCCGUGAACUUCUCCGGGAAAUUUCGGACGACUUCGACUCGGACUACGACCAACCAAGCGUAUUUGCAACCCCACUGACGGGACCCCAUGUUCUGUCACGAAGCACGGUUCUCGACAACUGCGGAGCUACGCACCUUGUUAACAACCUUGACUUGCUUGAAUCGUCUUCUAUUAAAACGUGCAUCGGCGACGAGAGAGUCGACUCAGGAACUGCUUCGUACCCAAUCCUAGCAAAGGGAACGUGGAUCUUGCCAAAAGCACUAAAUGGCCCUGAUGGAGACCUCACAGCAGACCUUACGCUCCAUAACGUUGGAUACGUAGAGAACUUUCACGUUAACAUCGUUUCGGAAGCACUCCUCCGAAAGACAGGCAUCUGGUACUCCGGAUUGGAUAACACACUUCGCCAGGGAACGUACAAAAACAGCGUGGUAGUCAAGCAUCUUGUUAGGAAGAUGAACAUUACUUUCUUCGAAUAUAAGACCGGUUCCCAGUAUAUUGCUCAGAAGCGAAUUACCUCGAGUAACGCAGGAAUCGUGAACCAUUUGGUGCUUGCAGUACAGGAUCCCGCUCGACUCUCGCUUCGUAAACCACCUGAUAGGUAUGAUGACGCCUGGUUAUGGCACCUUCGUUCGGGUCACCUCGCACCAGACGCACUAGAACGAAUGGUGUCAAACGUGAGAGGAGUAAAGAUAAAAGGACCCACGCGUCUGGAAUGCGAAUACUGCGCGACAGCGCACGCGAAACAGUUAAUUUCGAGGCGAACCUCUGAACGGAAAGCAAUUCGACCGUACUAUAGGGUCUCAUGGGAUCUCUUCGACUACCCGACAAGCUUUGACAAGAACCGCUGGCUCUUAGUGAUCAAAGACGAAUAUACCGGUCGUCUUUUCGCGUUUCCGCGCGUAAGUAAAUCGCACACCUUCGUCUUCGACGCUCUCAGGCACUUCGAACGAUGGGUCGCUCGCCAACGAGGCGUCACCCUGUGCAAGCUGAGACAAGACGUAGAACGCGCGGUAAUUGCGAUAAACGGAAUGACUGAGUAUCAACUUUGGGCCCAGCAUAACGGGAUUGAAAUCGAAGAGACACCCCCCUACACCAAGGAACCCAAUGGCGGAGGCGAACGAGCGGGCCAGGAAUUAAUAACCCGAGCGAUAAAGAUGCUCAGCGCAGCGGGCCUGCCAACUACUCUCUGGGUGGAAGCAGUCAUGGCAGCCGCCUACCUGUACAAUAUGUCACCACGGAAGCGAAGAGCUUGGCUCUCACCAAUUCAAGUCGAAGAGAGCUGGUUCCGACAGUAUUUUCGCUGGUGGCAACCACAAUACAGCGCGAGCCUCGCCCGCGACCUUCGCCCCCACUGGGGCUGGACGUACGCGUAUGGGUGUAGGGCUUAUCCCCUGAAAAAGGACCGCGAAGCGGAUAGGAACAGACGUAACUUCAAGGUGGAACCGCGAGGACAUAUUGGAUAUCUGGUGGGCUACGUUAUGGACGCUCACAACCUAUACAGAGUCUGGAUACCCUCGCUUGAUCAAGUGAUUAUCACGCGAAACGUUACCUUUGACGAGACGAAGUUCUACUCGAAGGACGAUGCAAAAGCUAGUUUACAAGCGGAGGUGGCCGAGACAGUCUCCACGGAGAUCUCGGAACCUCCGGCUACGGCGAACCCAGGACUCCAAUUCCUCGGACUCGCAAAACCAAGCGAACUCGUAUUUUCACUUGAAGAGCAGCCCCUGCCACCUGCCUUCGCGCCGUCGACCGUAAUCUCAGAAGAGACAACGGUAAAACGCUCCGCGGUUAACAGCCGACGCGAAGAGGGCCUGCUCACCCCGGAACCGACCCCUGAGCCGGCCGCAGCGCCGGAGGGGACGGACGGGCAAACGACCGGCCAACAAAGCUCCGAAGCGAUGGACGCCGGCGUUCCCGACCCGGGGCACGAAGCCCUCUCUGAGGCGGUCGAAGACGUGAUAUACGUCAAGACCAACAACGAACCUCCACGAGAACCGGCCGUGGAGGCCGACUCGAGUAAUGAUCUCGGGGGUGACUCCCCAACUCACCCGGUGCGGCCACACUCGGAUAAUGGGAACGGGCGCGAACCCGAGAUAAAGACCAAGCGGGUGUACAACCGCAAGGACUACGGCCAACAACAGGGCAAACCGAGACGAUCACCUCGCUUCGCCCAACACUUCGCAUUCCUACAAACGGAACGUAAUUGGGAAACUUUCUUCCAUACCUAUAUGCCUGAUCAGCAGAAGGCUGUGGAGGAAGCGAACCAAGCCCACUAUACGCUCCAUUGCUUCGUCUUCGCGUCAAUACACCAAGCGAAGCACUCCAGAGCGGUCACUCCACAGCGAGUGAAAAUACACACAGAUGAGCUUAUAAAGCCCCCACGAACGUGGAAAAGUGUUGAAAAAAUGCCGACCCACCUCCGAAACCUGUUUUACGAAGCGGCCCAAGCCGAGAUAAGUAAAUUAGAGGAGAUGGACGCUUGGAAAAUCAUUGACGAACACGAAGCGUCUACGAAACCUAUUCCUCUAAAGUGGGUGUUCACUUACAAGCUUGAUCAAGACGGCUACCUCGACCGCUGCAAGGCACGAAUUUGCGUCCGCGGCGACCUCCAGGCGAAGCAUCCUCUCGAACAGACCUACGCAGCGACCCUCGCAGCAAGGACGUUUAGAGUAGCGAUGGCGCUCGCGGCGGAAUUCGACCUUGAAGUAGACCAAUUCGACGUAGUCAAUGCGUUUCUAAACGCAACAAGAGGACCGAACGACCCGCCUGUCGUCUGCUACCUACCAGACGGCUUCAAACAGAACGGGAAGUACGUCGAGCUCCGCCGUGCCUUAUACGGGCUACGAGACGCUCCCCUCCUUUGGUAUAAGGAGUUCUCAUCAACGCUGCGGCGCCUGGGACUCAAGCCUGCAAGCGAAGACCCCUGUCUCUUCACUUCAAACGACAAGAAAGUGAUGGUACUCUUCUACGUAGACGAUAUCCUCGUCUUAUACCAUAGGGACCACCGCGAAGCUGCUCAAAACGUUAUAAACGGGGUGAAAGCCGAGUAUGAACUCAAGGACCAAGGCCCUGUCGAGUGGUAUCUAGGCAUUCGCGUGAUACGUGACCGUGAGAAGCGAACAAUUAACCUCGCACACGACCAAUAUAUCGAACGCGUAGCGAAGAAAUUCAACCUUAUCGACUCGAUCGUGCCGCAUACACCAUUGCCAUUCGUCCCGCUCCAGAAGAACACCGCUGAAGCGACCCCUGACCAGGUAAAGCAAUACCAAGAGAAGGUCGGCUCAAUUCUGUACACUGCGAUCAUGAUUCGCCCCGACGUCGCCUUCGCUUGCGCUACACUCUCGAGGUUCCUAACGAACCCGUCUCUCGAACAUCAGAAGGCCGCGAACCAAGUCAUUAGAUAUCUUUAUCACACUCGCUACCUUUCGCUCUGCUUCGGUAGCUCGGGGGGUGCAGGUGCCCAAGUUCUCCUAAUUGCGGGCGACGCCUCGUUCGCAGACGACGAAGAGACGCGGCGUUCAUCUCAAGGGUACAUCAUCUCACUGUUCGGCGGUCCCAUUCAGUGGAAAGCCGCGAGACAGAAUACCGUUACCACUUCUACUACAGAAGCGGAACUCCUUAGCCUCGAAAACACUGCUAAGGAGACCAUCGCUCUCAAACGCUUAUUUCGGGAUAUUGAACUAGACCUCGGAGACGUAUGGAAGAUCCAUUGUGACAAUCGCCAAACGAUUCGCCUGGUAGUAGGCGACAAGGAACGCAUCUCAACGCGCCUUCGCCACGUUGAUAUACAGAACAUGUGGCUACGCCAAGAGUAUGCCAAGAAGACGUUCGACGUGGUAUAUAUGCCUACCGACGAGAUGCCAGCAGACGGUCUCACAAAAGCACUCUCCCGAGCGAAGUUCGAACACUUCAGGGCACUUCUAAACCUACAAGACAUUCGGGCACAAGUCACAAGAAGCGAAGAGAAACAGGAGCCUACGCAGGAACCAGCACCAUGUGAUGGCUUCAUCUCGGACGAAGAUGAGGAAGAUCCAGAGGCCGUGGAUCAAGCGCAACUGCCGCCCUUCGCCAGACUCCUUCAUAAGUUAGAGAAAGUUCAAUGGCUUGCUUCACGCCCGUCUUCUCUGAUUGUUCACAUGUUUAUCGACAACGUCCAUCUUACCGACCUGCUUCUGCUCGAACUGCAGUCGACCAUCGACAGCUUCUCCGACGGGGAGAAUGUCCUGGUAAUCGUCUCCACAGAGACACGUCCCGAUGACAAUCCAACAUAUUUGUUUAGCCGAUUCGCCUCUCGCCCGGCCAUAGUUUUCGCCUCAGUUUUUAAAUGUCCUAUGUCAGUUGUACCCGUACGCUCAGCCUCGCAAGUUGCCCUGAUCAAACAGGACGGCAAGAAUGAAUUGAAGUCCCGCAACAUUACCGCUCUUAAAAGAGCAAUUCGUCGCAAAAUCCAGCCGCAUCCGAGUCCCAUUCUGUUAUCCCCAUCGACAGAUUGGGAAUUUCUGGAAGGCUCACCCUCGGCUGAAUUACUCUCUCAAGUCUCCAUCAGUGAUUUCCAUGUCGAAGCAGUACUACGAAUGAUUGGGCAUUCCUUCGUCGAUGACACGAUAAAGAAGGCCGUGCUGUGCCUCGGCGUCGGGGACAAGGCUUUGCAAGCCUGGGACGAUCUCAAAGCCACACUCCCGCCUCAGCCUCGUCAUCCCCUCCCCGGUCGACCGCCUGGAGCCCCUGUUCGGCCGCUAGGCGGUAACCCUCAUCCAAGACCUCACAUGCCUCUCCCGCCUUUCCCAAAAUUUCAGUUGGACCCUCGUAACGAUAUAGAAUCCCCGGAAGUUGCCAAUGGAGAGGAUAAAUGGAAAGACUUCCCUCUAGCCACCCAGAGAGUCCUCCGUGAAAUCACUUCCGGACCGCAGGAUUUCUCCUGCAAACACUACUGGGAGCGGCAAUUCCUACAUCUCCUGGUUUCCCCCCCGAAAACCGAAGCAAGCUGGGCCGACAUCGCCAUCCAUCCAGAAGCCGAAAGGACCAUCAGGGACCUUGUACGCCAACACGUCGAUCCCAACAACUCCGCACCGUCCUACGGCAUUCUGCGACGCAAUCACAUCGGAGCCGCGUUACUCUACGGACCCCCUGGAACGGGGAAAACGCUACUGGGGCGCGUAUUGGCACGGGAGUCCGGCUCAACCGUCAUCUACCUCACCCCGGCGGACAUCAGAAGCCCCGCUAUGCCUGUUAGCGAUCCAUCCAAGCCCAUCCGCGCCCUCUUCAAUCUGGGAAAGAUGUUGGCGCCGAGCAUCAUCAUGCUUGACGAAGUCGAACUGCUCUUGGGGUCGCGACGCGCCGGCACGCCCUACCAGAUAAAGUCGUUGGCAUCCCAGCUGCUGUCUGAAAUGAACGGACUGUCCGGGUCCAAGAAGGCGCCGCUCGUGUUGUUUUCCACGCACUCGCCCGGUGAUCUGGACGCGGCGGUUCUCCGCCACGCCCCCAACCGCAUCCACCUGGGGCUCCCAUCCGCGGCUGUGAGAGAAAAGAUAUUUGACAUCGCCCUCCGGGACGAGAUCCUCCAGCCUGGGCUCAACUCCGAUCUCCUCGCGAGAGCAACACCUCGGUUCUCGGGCUCGGAUAUAGUCAACUUGUGCGUCCAAGCGGCUGGCUUGUGUACCACAUUUGUAGAGGAUGGUGAGGAGGACCAGGGUAAGAGGCUGCUAACUUGGACUUUGUUCCAGGAGGCAUUGAAGAAGAUCUGUCCCACCUGGACUAAAGAAUCACUCAAGGGGAUACAGGAGUUCGCAACCAAGCAUGACACUGCAGCAUUGGCGAGUAUUGAGGAUCUGGAUGCUGAGGAGCACUUGGAGGAGGACGAUGGAUUUGUAGAGGUGCCAGAGUUCUGA